CGUGUGGAGAGCGUCUUGUUGAAACACCUCUGGACAUUUGUAAGUUAAACUCAAGAACUGAUAUCUGAUUAUGGAGGAGUUUGAGGUAGAUGCUGAUCUGGAAAGCGAUUCGAGCCAGCCAGACCGGUCCUAUAAGGCUCUGCGAACCAGAAAAAAGACUCGAUGGGAAUGUAAAGCUACCACUGAAGGACGCAGAACGCUAUCAUAUCGUAUUCUUUACACCUACCAGGCAACUUUCGACAAGCUGGGAUUCGUUCUAGUUCGGAAACCAUGGUUUUUCCUAUUCGGAUUUCUUGCAGUUCUUAUCGUAAGUUGCCUAGGACUCAUUCGAUUUCGUGCGGACCCACCUUUAGUGGAGAGUUUUACCGCAUCCAGUGGCCAAUCUAGGGAAGACUUGCGACAUGCGUCACAAUUCUUUCCUCGCCUCGAUGCGCGGCAAGAAGAAAUUAUUAUGACCCCUAAGCUUGGAAAUAACAUCUUGAGAUGGAAUUGUUUGAAGGACGCUUUACUUGUGCACUGGACCGUGGUGAACAUCAGUGGAUUCCAUGAAAUAUGCUUGAAGAAUUUGAAUCCAAAUCCUCUCCAAAAACUUGCCAAACAACCCUGCAUUAUCAGCAAUCCACUCGAGCUAGCUGAAUUUCAGUUUGAUAAGUUAAAGAACCUUUCUUCCAUUCUGGCUCGCGAGUUGAAAAAUUCGUCCAUGGUUCUCUCAACCGGUCAAACGUUUAAUUCUUCAUACAAGGAAAUGAUUGGUAAUUUUCAGGCCCAGCCGAAGACAUCUUCACAGAGUUCAAGAGCCGACGCCCUUCGAGUUAUUUACUUCAUCAAAAGUGCAACCGAUGGAAAAGAUCAGCAAAAAAUUCUUGCUUUUGAAAAAUCGUUUGAGAAUCUCCUCUAUCAGAUUAGUGAUCGACUGAAAUGUGUGUCACUCUCCUUCAACACUGCGAGGACAAAAACUGAUGCUCUGCAAAAUGUUUUGAAACCUGAAUUAUGGUCACUUUGCUUUUUUCCAUUCGCAAUGACUGUUCUUGUCUUCAUUGUCAUACACUUUUCCUCUAAGAGUCUCCGUUGGUCAUCAACAAUGUUAUUGAUGGCUACUUCUAUUUUGGCCCCACUACUAUGUUCUGCUGGUAUCAUCUCAAUAGCUCACAUUACCUUUUUCCCCACUACCUUGUUUAUCCCCUUCUUUUUUAUGGCGAAAGGAACCUUAGAUGUUGUACAUUUCUUACUCGAAUGGGAACGGCAGAAAACAAUAGCAUCACUUGAGCAUCGAGUCGGUAUUUGUGUCUUCAAAGUAGGAUAUCCCGCUGUGCUAUCUACAGUAUGUGGAACACUACUUUCUGCAGUUGCAGUUAAAUCUUCAUUUGAUGUCAUUGCACAUUUUUUCUUAGCAACCCUUGUCGUUAAUAUGGUCACUUCUGUGGCCUUUGUGGUGACAGCCAUUUUGCUGAUAUCUCUCCAUAAGAUGUCAAAGGUAAAAAGUGACGAACCGGAAAUGGAGCAAAAUCAGAAGAAUAAACCACCACGUAUUCUGAAAGCCCUCACGCGCAUAAUGACGUCGUCUGGUGGAAAAGCUGCUGCCAUUAUUUUCCUCGUCUGUGUCUUCAUUUUGUGUACCUUAUCUGCUUUACAACUUCUUGACAAAACUAGCACCAUUGAGUCACUUUAUGGAAAUGACAACUUUAAGAAGUUUAAGACUGCACAGACUAAAUUCUUUACAAGGAAAGGUGACAUCAGUAUCCUUUUUUCCCAGAACACUGACUAUUCCGAGCCGGCCGUGCAGAAUGAAAUGGUGAAAAUUUGUGAUAAACUAAAAAAGUCCUCUUACAGCAAUGGAGUAACAUCUUGUUGGAUGGAAGCGUUACGAAAGUGGGCGAUAUAUCAGAAUAAAACUUGCUCAUACUCAGCAUUUUAUACGUGUCUAGGACAGUUCCUGAACCAAUCCCGAAACGCUCCGAUACGGCAAGACUUGCGUUUUGGACCUACAGAAUCCCCAUUCAAAAUUUUGGCAUCUCGAGUUCAUCUGAAUAUGCCACUAUUCAACAGAUAUCAGAAGGACGAGAAAUCCGUGGAGAUGUUGAGAAAAGACUUAUUACAGUUUGACUUGGAACCCGUCGCAGUAUCCAAGAGAUUCUUCGAUCUCGACGAUGUGUUUUUGUUAAAACAGGAAGCAUGCAUAUUUGUUUUUGCAGCUGCCACAGCCGUGGUGUUCGUAAUCUCCCUGUUAUCAACUCUCAACUUAGAGAUUAGCACUCUCUUGGCUCUUACAAUGGACAUCCUAUUAUUGGAGGCGGCAGCUAUCAUAGUGGUGUUAGAGAUUCCUUUCAACAAAGUCUCUUUUCUCUCUGUCUUUGCAACCAGUAUGAUAACCCUAAAUUUUUGCUUUCAAGUUGCCUACUCAUUUGUAUUUUCAGCAAGGACAGAAAUUAGGUAUCGAGUUAUCGACGCUAUACGCUUUGUUGGGUGGCCUGUGGUUAUUAGUUGGUUAGUAAUGAGUUGUGGUUCCUUGUCACUAGGCUUCAUUUAUCCCAGUCUGGGAGACAUUUUCCACAGACUUCUUCCUCUAGUCUUUGCUCUUGGGCUGAUUCAGGCUCUCGUUGUUUUGCCAGCAAUGAUUGCACUAUUGACCGAAUUAGUGCAUCUUUUGAGUUCUCGGUGCAGUGCAGAUAGUUUGCCUACGUCUAAGGAACAAAUCGAUCUACCGCCGUUAUCUAUAGAUGUACGGGAUGACAACAAACGCCAAAUCAAGUCUAAACGCCCUGGAAUUUCGAUCGUUGGCAUCAGUUGCAGAUUCCCUGGAGCCAGCACUAAAGACUUGUUUUGGGAUCUACUUGAGCACGGGAAGAGUUUCCAUGGUGCAUUCCCCAAGAACAGAACUGAGCAACAUAAAUUAUUUCAUGAAUACUACAAUCCUCGGCGCUUUGUGAGUGGACGCCUCUGCGUUGUGAAUGGCUCCUACUUAGAGGAUUUAACACAGUUUGACAACAAGUUCUUCGGUAUUUCUGAUCAAGAAGCUCGUGCAAUGGAUCCUCAGCAAAGAAUCCUUCUACAUGUGGUUUACGAAGCCAUUGAGGAUGCUGGUAUGCGACUUGAAGACCUGCAGGGAUGUAGGACGGGCGUCUUUGUUGGAGUGAUGAAUAUGGAUUACCCCGAAAUUGUAGGAUACCCAUCAAACUAUCAUAAUAUAGACCAGUUCACCGCAGUUGGUAACGCAAUGAGUAUUCUUGCAAACAGAGUUUCCUUUUGCCUUAACUUGACAGGUCCGAGUAUUGUUGUUGAUACAGCAUGUUCGUCAUCUUUGACUGCUCUCAAACUAGCCGCUGACAGUCUGCACAAUGAGGAAUGCGAGGUGGCGAUUGUUUGUGCACCUAACAUUGUCCUGAGUCACGUUAAGCAAAUGGGGUCAAGCCUUGGUGGACUUCUGGCUCCUGACGGGCGAUGUAAGAGUUUUGAUGCCUCUGGCGAUGGUUAUGGCCGCGGAGAAGGUUUUGCAGCAAUUGUUUUGAAGUUGACGAAUGCAGCCUUAUGUGACAAAGAUGAUCCAUACUGCGAAAUUAUUGCUUGUGGUGUGAACAACGAUGGACAAAAUGCAGUACCGAUUACUGCCCCAAGUGCGAAAGUGCAAGCGGAAUUGUCUAAGAUGGUCCUAGAACAGUCUGGUUUGACUGCAAAAGAUGUGGAUUACGUGGAGGCGCAUGGAACAGGUACUGCAAUCGGAGAUGUGGUUGAGGUCACCUCCAUAGCUGAUGUAUAUUCUAGAAAUAUAACAUCACCAAAGCGAAAAUUAAGGAUCGGCUCCGUCAAGUCAAACCUCAAUCACACAGAAUCUACUUCCGGUCUUGCGGGCAUAAUCAAGGUGGCGCUGAUGAUCAAAAACAAGAAGUAUGUACCAACUGUCAACGUUCAAGUCCUAAAUCCAAAGCUGAAGCUGGAAGAAAACAAACUAGUUGUGCAACAAACAAGUGAGCCGUGGGAAAAAGAGGAUGGAAAACUACGAGUAGCUGCCAUAAACUCAUUUGGUUUUGGUGGAUCAAAUGUGCAUUUAAUCCUUCGCGAAAUUACUGCAAAGCAAAUGUCGCAUGAAGAAAGUGUUCUUCACCGAAGCCAUGUUCUUACCCUGUCAGCGCGUUCUAAAGAAGCUUUACAAAAGAUGGCUCAUCAGUACUCUGAAUGGAUUAAAGAUAACGUGGAAGAAAUGGAUGAAACCUUCACAGAAAACUUGUGCUUCUCUUUGAAUGAAUGCCGAAGUCGGUUUCCGUACCGGUUGGCAGUUCCUUUCAACUCCACUGCUGAAGCAUCUCACUCUUUGGCAGCUUUCGCUGAUGACUGCGUGGGUUGGGAUAAGCUGGUUUCUUACGCCGAAGCGAGCUCUAACAACGGAAAAUUUGUUUUCAUGUUUGGUGGUCAAGGAUCACAAUGGUAUGCAAUGGGAAGACAGCUAAUUGAAUGUGAAGCCACCUUCAGAGACGCUGUCUUAGUGGUGAACGAUUUACUUCAGAAUUUAGGCGCGACAUGGUCUCUCAUGGAUGAGUUGAUGGCACCCGAGGGAGACUCAAGAAUUUCUGAGAAUUACAUCGCUCAGCCAGCAACGUUUGCCAUCCAAUAUGCGACUGCAAAACUAUUAAUGUCAUGGAAAAUCCAUCCAUCUGCCGUGAUUGGGCACAGCUUAGGAGAGUUUGCAGCUGCCUGUACUGCUGGCAUCAUCACUGUCAAAGAAGCAGUUCAAUUAGUCCUAGCUCGGUCCACCCUUCAAGAUAAAUGCGCUGAAGAUGGUGGUAUGGCAGCUCUGGGCAUGUCCGAAGUAAAGGCGAGGGCGUUAUUGGAGUCUUUACAGCUAAGCGACACGCUGGACAUAGCCGCAGUGAAUGAUGCAGACAGUGUUACCGUGGCUGGAGAAUCCCGGUCAAUAGAGAUCCUCGGUCAACAUCUCGCAAUGUACGCAAAAGAUACCUUCUGGCGCAUUCUUGGUACAAAACGCGCUUUUCACACCAUUUACAUGGAACCAAUCAAAAAACCGUUUUCUGCAGCUGUAAAACGCAUUAACCUGAAUCCUCAGCUGUCUAAAAUCCCAAUGUACUCUACAGUACAUGGUGAAGUUCUGUCGGGUCAGCGGUUUAACGGCGACUAUUGGUGGCAAAAUAUUCGCUCCUCGGUCCAGUUCUAUCCAGCCAUGAAACAACUUCUCGGCAGCGGCUUUAGACAGAUUAUCGAGAUAAGUGCACAGCCAAUUUUAGCCCAUUAUGUUAAACAGAUUUCUCGACAAGAAAAGCUAGAAGACCAAGAAACUCCAGUUGUUCUGGCAACACUUCCUCGAAGAAAGGUACCUGUUAAAGAUCAACACAAAUCCUUUCUUCAAAACACAGUUUGUCAACUGUACACGACGGGACAUCCAGUAGAUUGGACUUGUGUGCAGAAGAAUCCAUCAGCAAGGUUUGUUCGUUCUCUGAAUUCUCCCUGGUUAGAGAAAACUUUUUGGUACGACGAGCGUUCAACUUUUGCCACAAUCCCUCCUUUCGGAUCAAAGCAGAUAGAAAAGAAACCAUCACAUCCAUUUCUUCCUCAAGAGAAAAUGGCCGACCCCUACUCUCACUUGCACUGCUGGGAAACUGAAAUUGACCUCCAUCGCUUUCCAACACUCAAGGAUCACUCUUUCAUUCAAGGAGGUGCUGUUAUGCCUGGAGCUGUCUAUUUAGAAAUGGCAUUUGGAAUGGUGAAGGAUAAGUUCGCAAACGUGUCUGGCCUGGAACUUAGUGAUGUAAAGCUCUUUAGCAUUCUUACCCUGCCCGAAACACAGGUCCGAUGUUUACGUCUUCGGCUUCAAAAAAGCAGCAGAAUUGACGAGGCUAAAUUUCAUAUUACAAGUGUUCAGGAUGACGAGUCUGAGAUAACAUUGAGCAGCGGGAACAUCUCCAUAGAUCUUUUGGAAAGUCGCCAUAGUUUUGAUAAUAAAGUUUUCAAUCAAGGUGGUUCAAGUAUAAAUGAGCUGAAAGCAAACAUGGAACAAAUGCCUGUGGAGAGCUUCAAACGACUAACCGAAAAGUUUGGCUUCAAUUAUGGCCCCAAAUUCUCAUUAAUCAAAAAGAUAUGGCAACGGGACAAUGAAGGAUUUUGCUUGAUUGACAUAAGUGAAUCGCCAACCAUUCAAAACGAAAGAGGUGCUUACGUCUUACAUCCCUGUAUUUUAGAUGCCUGUCUGCAAUCCUGCUUCGUUGCCCUUGGAAACUUAGAGGGCGAGGAUACAUCCAUUGUGCCCGUGGGAUUCAAAAGCGUCACCCUUAACCACGUUCCAGCAACCAACCAGCUUUAUUGCCACGCCAUUGAGACCAAACUUGGAAGUUUUGAUGUUCGUUUGAUGAGCCCUUGUGGAACAGUUUUGCUAACCAUAGGUGACUUUCGUUUGGCUGGGGUGACAAGCACGCAACGUGAAUAUCCUUUCGAGGAGCUUAGGUACGAAAUCCAGUGGAUACAAGAGGACUUACGAGAGAAGAGAGGUGCGGAGCCACGUCUGAACUGCCUACUGCUAAAAGAGUCUUCAAGUUUCUCGCAUGCCUUAUUAAGAAGACUUCAGGAAGCUAACGCAAACCUGACUGCUCUUGACCCGCCAAGUGAUGGAAGUCCUAGGGGUACGGUAGAAGAAGCAAUAAUGGCAGCCAUUAAUGACAUACCACCGGGAAAUUCAUCACACCUCUGCGUCAUAAACUUGUGGCCAGUAGAGGCGACAAAUCGACCUCAUGACUUCAGUGUAAUAGAUGAAGUCCAAAGCCUUGCCCUACAUAGUUCCGUUUUCUUAAUGAAGUACCUAACGGAGAAGAAGUGGCACAACUGCCAAAUCUUCCUCGUCACCGAGCGUUCACAGAUGUUGGAUAGCUCAGAGAAGUUUCCUGGGACAAACUCCUUUCCGUGGUGUUCUACAGUCUGGGGUUUUCGCCGAACAGCAGGCAUCGAAGACCCAAACUUCACAAUCAAAGCUGUUGACAUUAGCAACAAAAGGGAUACAGGCGACGUAGAUUCUCUAAUGGAUGAAAUUUUGAGUGAAAGCAAUGAAGAAGAGGUAGUCUUUCGUGACGGCAAGCGCUUCGUCAAUCGCAUCGUGAGAUCAGAAACUUCCUCAGAACAACCCACAACUAACGCAGUUAAAAGCAAAGAAAGAGCCACCUGGUACCUAUCAAGAAACCCGUCUUCAUCGACGAUCUGCCUACGUGAGAACAGUCUUUCGAAACCAUCGUACUCAGAAGUUACAAUAGACAUUCUUCAUUGCUGGACUCCCUCUGAAUCUAUUAUUGAUGUUUCCAGACCAAACGGAAGUGUCUUCAUUCUUGGAAAGGUGACGGAUUUAUCAGGAGGGAGCCUAAACACUUUGAAGAUUGGAGACGAAGUUUGUGGUAUCAUGUCCUCAGGCCGGGUUUCGCGCACCGUUACCGUUCCUAUCAACAACGUCUUUGUUAAACCAACCAGCUUAACAAGGCAGCAAGCCACAUUUGUUCCUGGAAGUUUAGCCAUAGCUUUGUACGCCCUUCAAAGAGCAGCAGAAGCAGGAAACGGAAGUCGAAAACUACUGAUACAUGAAGCAAACCGGGGUCCUGGGCCUGCCGCAGUUGUCCUUGCAAAAGCAUUAGGGCACCGAGCAUUCUGCACCAUUUCUGACGCUUGUCGUUCAGACACAAAAACUGUUCUUACUGAGAUGGGUGCGGAACGUGUAAUAAAUCAGAGUUCCUGUGGUCUCCAUGACGAUCUCAGUCACAAUUUUGAUGCCGUGGUAUUUUUUUACCCACCUUCCCCCAACUUACUUCAGAAAAGUAGUCGUUCUCUCAAAAGGGGUGGACGUAUUAUCAUUCUAAGUUCCAAAUUCCAAGGUGACGUUGUGUUCAACGCAGAUACCAAUAUCGCAUAUGAGAGAGCAGAAGUUGUGGAUGUCCUCAGAGCUCCUCAGGUCUUCCAAAAGCUCAGUGCAGAGAGCGUUCAGUUGCUAAGACGGACAGGAAAUCUGGGAACGCUUCUAAGAAUUCAGUCAGUGUCUAGUAAGGUAGAAACAGCCAUCGAAGUAGCAAAUGCCGCCCUCACCGAUCCGUCAGCUUCAAGUAGUCAUAAGAACGCAUCCACUGAUAUAUCAUUUCUACUCUAUUCGUUCCCAUCAUCUGAAAAGGAGAGCGGCUUAAACAAGAUUCCUAUCCUUCCACGUGGUUUAGAUGACUGUGGUCUAAGAGAAAACAGAACGUAUUUGGUAGCAGGGGGUAUCCGCGGAUAUGGGUUUGAAGUGGCUCGCUGGAUGGCUGAGAAUGGAGCGCAGUCCAUAGGACUCAUUGGUCGCUCUAAACCCUCGGAUGCCAAACUUCAAGAGGUCCGAGAAUUGGAAAGAAGGACCAGCACAAAGAUCCAUAUGUUUCAGAUCGACAUAUCUGACGAGGAUCAAAUGUUGUCUCUCAAAGAGAAACUUAAAUCCCUGCCAAGCGUGGCUGGCAUCGUGAACUCUGCUAUGGUUCUCAAAGAUCAAUUCAUAAGAGAUUUCACUUUUGAAAGUUUCAGUGUCGUCAUGGGCUCCAAGAUUAAAGGUUCAUUCUUACUACAUCAAAUGAGCCUGGACAUGGAUUUGGAUUUCUUCGUCAUGUUUUCAUCCAUUGCUUCAGUCUUGGGAAACAUGGGACAGACGUCAUACGCAGCUAGCAACCAUUUCCAAGAUGCUCUGGCUGAGUAUCGAAGAAAGGUUCUUGGUUUACCGGGACUGGCUAUAAACUGGGGACCCAUAUCUGGAGCUGGAGUAAUGACACGAGACAGCCAUGUUGCUAAGCUGAUGACCAUGGGAGGAUUGGGCUUUAUCCAUGCCAAGGAUGGAGUUAAAUACAUGGCCAGAAUUCUCACUGAGGAACCGAGCCGCUUUCAACUUAUGCUAUGUGGACUGGACUGGCCACGCUACCAGAAGACCUAUGAAGGCUUGAGGAAGACACCCCGACUAUCGGCUAUAACUGCUGAACAAAGCAUUUCUGAUAACCAGACCAAUUUAGCAGUUUCUCUUGUGGAAAGAAUUGUGAUGGAGAGGGACUCAGAGAAGAAGGAAGCGCUUGUUUUAGAGUACCUCGUUUUGGUUCUUCAAGAGCGUACAGGGCUCACAAAUCUCUCCGAAACAGAUUACAACAAGAAUUUGUAUAGCUAUGGCAUUGACUCAACAGGGGCUCUUAUUCUAAAAAUGCAUUUUGAAGCUGAAUUGGAGGUCUCUUUUGAGGUUUUCUAUUUCAUGCAACCCGAUACUACCCUGAUCAAAUUGUCAAGAGACGUCACAGCAAGACUUAGUGGCCAAACCUCAAGUGGGCGACCUCAAGAAACUCAAAGUCAAGAAAGUGCAACUCAACCGGCUAAAGUAAUGGUGGAAAUGCCUCAUACAACGACACAGGAGCAGCAGCAGGUCCAAGUCGUUCCCCUGUACACUCCUGUCACCUCAGCUGUCAACUUUUUCUGUGUUCACCCCUUUCACCGUUAUGCAAUGAACUUGGUGCCAAUUUCCACUGGAUUUCAAGGACAGGAUCUGGUCUCCUUUUACGCUCUGGGCUUCACCGAUCCAACAGCAGUCAGUGAGGACUGGGGCACAGUACGUGAACUUGCCGCACAUUAUGUUCAACUGAUCAUGAAUAAACAACCUCAUGGGCCUUACUUCCUCGGCGGAUAUUCGUACGGCGGAAUCGUUGCUUACGAAAUGGCUUCUUUGUUGACAGAGAGGAAUCAAAGCGUAGAGUUUUUGGCCAUGAUUGACACAUUUCCUUGGAAUCUGCACACGCGGACAAUUAGUGCUAGAAUGGUUUCCAUUCAGGAGGAUGCAGCCGCCUCACAUCGACACGUACAGUUUCAAUUUGAGAACCAUCUGAGAAAGGUUGCAGUGGACACCCUGAUGAUGACAGCUGACGAAUAUCAGCAUUUGCGGGAGAAUAAUACACAAGACGAGGUUAUAGAAGAACUACAGAAAUUGUGCCAUGAGAAAGGUCUCUUAACCCACGACUUAAAGGCUCUUAGAGAGUCGUUACUGAUGAAUCAUAGAAUAUCUCGUAGAACACAUCUAGAAUGGCAGCCUCAAGAGGUUCGUUAUCGUGGUCCCCUUACCUAUCUCAAAAGCCAAAACGAGCGCUUUUCUCCGUGGUCCCCCACCUCGGUCGAAGAAAUAUGGGGUCACCUAGUAGAUGGAGGUUCUACCGUGCUGGUUUGUCCCGGAGAUCAUUUUUCCUUGAGUGAGCUACCCAACGCUGAAGUUACAGGAAGUAUCUUAGCAACAGCCAUCGCAUUUACCUAUCGCUCUAUGUUCCCUGAAAUUGCCAGACCUACAAGAACUUUCAAUCAAAGGAGAGCCGUGGAAAAACUUUGCUGUGGAGUUCGUGUGUUCCUUCAUUCCAAAAAUGGUAAAAAAUUGCCGCAUUUUGGAGAACUUCACCUCCAAGAAGAUGCCGGCAGACUGGAGCUGAGAUCCAAGGUUAACGAAGGAGAAAUUAAGGAGAUCAAGAAAACGAAGAAGAUAAUUGACCUGAAAGACCUCCGAAUGGUUCAGCCGGGAAGAAUUGUUUCCAGUGCCCUUAAAUUUGCCUGGCGAAAGCGUAGAGUUGGAGCACAUCAGAGCGGGAACCUGGAGCAAGUUGCAUCCGUAAUUACGGGACGCCGUGAUUUCAACCUAGAAUUCACUGAUUAUUCUGAUCUGAAAGCGUUUUACCACAUGGUGGAAGCUGUGUUUGCAGUUAAAUUGUUGACUAGUUAGGUCCAUAAACUUUGCUUAGGAUCAGAUCAGUCGCAAAUAUGAAGGUUUUAUUUUUUAAAAAACAACUACUUUGUCGCACCAGAAAGAGUUUCAAAAGCUUUUGAGUAGUAGG